AUGGCAACGGCGGCAAGCGUAGACCACAUCCGGUCCGUCGCCGCAUUUCUGAUGGAACGGAGGCCGUCGGCGCCGCCGGGCAACCUCGGCGUGCCCAUCAGCGACGACUCUUCUGAGGACGAGGCUAGCCAAAUUCGAGGCUUGGAAGAGGACAGGGUGCGCAUUAAUGGGCUUGAAAUUGCAUGUUUGCUCUACCAACCUUUUUUCUCGUUUCUCUUCCCCAGCAAACAUUUCGGGUUUCAGACAUAGCUCACCUGCUCAAAAUCUCAGCUUUUUGUUUCCAAAAAACGUAUUCUUAAUAAUUUUCUGUUCUCUUUCAGAAACUUUCCAUCCAGCCCAAAAUGAGGCGGAAUAAUCAAGUUCUCAACUUGCAGCUGCUUAUAAAUUAGUUUUCGAAAUUUUACUCUUUUCCGAAGUUAUUAAUACUUCACACCGUAGUCAAAACUUCAUUAGAGACCAGGAAGUCUAUUCAUAUCCAAAAAUCCUUUUCUCGGAGCAAAACAGUUGGUAUGAGGAAAACACGAAAACAAUUAAAAUUUGCGAUUUGAGAGGUGGUACUUUGAGCUAGGCUUUUUCAGUUGUUUUUUCCUCUAUCGAAUUCAAAACACAAAAUUUCAGGGCAUAUACCACCACCAAGAAGUUGUGGUAGAACCUCAGUUUGAGUCAGAUGAAGACAUUCCAAUAAGACAACGGCCGCAAUCCCCACGUCGCCAACACGAAUCCAUCGAUCCCGACGAAGACGACGACGACGACUCAAUAAAUCAACGCAUCAAAACUCCUGAAAUGGACGAGUUCGACGAUGAUUCAAUGCUCGACGAGAAUUCAGACCGAAAAGGUGAGCAAAAUACAAAAAAUUAGUAGAAGAUUUGUAGUUCCAUUAGAGUCUCAGAUAAUUUUAGGACCGGUGCGGUUUUCAGGCCACCUGAAAGUUGAGGACUCCGCUGGACAGCAUUUCAAUUCACCGCCUCCUAAUAAGGACAAAAUGAGCUAUUUGAAGGUCAGUUUACAAAAAUAAGAGAAUAAUAAACCUUAUUCAUACAAUAACUUAAUUUCCUGAAUUAAUAAAUUUUUUUGGCGGCCUCCAUAUUUCAUAUCAAACCAUUGGUUAGUACUAUUAACUUUUAAAAAAGAAGCAAGGCUUGGAGGAAAUUCAAAAUGUUCUAAACAACUUGCUCAACAAAAGUUCUGGUUCUCCGAAGUUUCACUGUACUCGCCGCAACCUCUUGAACAAAUAUUUACCUACCAUAUCUCCAUUAUUUUCAACGAAAAGAUUUCAACUUGAUGCAACAAAUUUUAAAUAAGAAUCCCGAAAAAAAACUAAUCUCCACUGUAAAAAAACAAAGUUGAGAAGAUCAUUUGGAAUAAAAUAUAUAACGCCAGUGAUAACAAAAAUGUUGGCCAUGGAGCGCACCUACUCUUGAUGAGCCAUCGUUUAGGGAUGUUCUCAAAUUACAUAAUUAUAUUAAGGAAAAACAAUUUUUAUAUUACCUUUGAAGGAGUGCUUCCAAUAUUUAGGGAUAUUGAUUGUAAUACGCAAUAAAUCUCCUGAAAAGGCUUCAGUUACAACCUUAUUAUAUUCUUACAGUUUUCCCAUCACAUAUUUCUUAUAUUCAGUUUUAAUAGCUAUCUGCAGUUUAUCUUUUUCUCAACGGUUCAAUUUUCAAUGAGGUAGCAUGCUAUUUAAAAAAAAAAACCGUAGGAUCAAGGUAAGAAAACAAACACUUGAUGAAAAGGAUAAUGUAGGUGUCGUCCGUGGAGCAAGUUUCCUCUUAAUAAGCCGAGAUUUCGAGAUGGUUCCAAGUUUAUAUUUUAUGAUACUCCUUGGUGAAUCAAAUCACUUGAUCGACUUCAAAUAAAGCUUUCAGAAUAUGGUGUCUUUGGCUUUUUCUCUCCUUUGAUCUCCUGAAAAGGCUACAUCAACAAUAUUCGUUCCAUUUCCUCUGUUUUUAACUGUCUUUAGGAGUUAUCGACUGCUCUUCUUUUUUUUCAAUAACGCCAUAUACAAUGCGCCAACCAAGUUUUCACUGCUUUUCGAACAAAAAUCACUCAGAAUCCCAGCCUAAUGAUAAAAAAAACAAGGGGAUGAUGAGAAUGAUCGCUUUUGUCAGUGGAGCGUAUUUCACUUUGAUUAGCCGAGGUUUUCAUAUGACUCAAACUUGGUAUUUUGUAAUAUCAAUAGGAAAACAGAAGAGUUCUAUGAGCUCCUACGAAUUCUCUCAAAACUUUGCAAUUUUUGCUUUGUGAAAUUUUUCAACGUUUGGAAAAGGAUCAUUCCAAAAACUUUAACAAAAUUUGCUACAUUAUUUUUUUCUCAAAACUACCGAUUCCUGUCUUUACGUCCAUAUUUCUUUCUUUGUUAGUACUUUUUUUCACCAAUAGAUAGUAUUCAAUCUUGAUUUUCAUUGCAAUUUCAGAUCAAAAAUACAUCAGGAUUCAAGUUUGAAGAUUGAACUUCAAAUUAGACCUUCCUAAAAAGGCUAAAUUUUCAACUUCUUGACUUCAAAAUUUGAUUGAAUCUCUAUGCGUAGUUCACUAACAGGAUUAGAAGUUUGGGAGGAACAUUCAGACAAUUUGAUUCUAUGAUAGCAGAACUAUUGUCCGUGGAGCGCACUUCGCUUUGAUAGCAGGUUUUAAAGCAGCUUCUAUUUUAAGUUAUAUUCUCAAGAAAAUGAAUUAGAUAUAAUUUGUUUCAAUUAUUUUGCUUUUUUUUCUGAUCGAAAGUUCCAGUAUUUCAGCCUUAACUGAAGGAAACGCUUGUACUUUCAAGACUUGAUAAAAGCUUGAAAAAAAAUCGAUUUAGUGUAUUAUUAAAAAAACGAGAAAAAGCUGUCAACUUAAAUAUUCCAUGAGUUUUGAUGAGAAGGUUUGAGUUUUACAGAUUUCACUAUCUUUUAUAAAACCCAUCAUAAACUUUGACUUCUUCAGCUUCAGUAUAUCGACUAAGAAAAUAAAGACUACUGUAGAAAAAUAUUGCUCUAGCCUUAUUUUUAGCAUAACCGUGCUUUUGAGCCGCACGAGUUGGCGAGCAGCUGGAAAUUUUCCUUUUUGAGCAUGUAUUUUCUGGGCUUGAAAAUUAUAAUUCUACGCCCAUUUCUCAGUAACGCCACGUAACAACAAUUCCACCUGCUUUUUGUCAAAACCUACUAUUGUUAUUUUCCUGUUUCAGUCUCUCGAGCAUCCGAUUCCUGACAGCGACAGCCAUGGCGACAGUGACGAAAUUUUCACUUCAAGAGACGACUUCGAAAAAAUGAUCAGCGGUGAGGACUUUUUCGAUUUUCAGAGGUUAAAAAUUGGCAGGGCUAUCUAAGACUCUAGAAGCGAUGAUUAUAAAGUAAACCAUGACAAAAUCGCGAAAAAGUUUAGAUUUCCAAUUUUUUUUUCAAGAUUAUGUUGGUAACUUGAUAUUCAACUUGAAACUUAUAUGUGAUAAAAUCUACACUUUGAGCUGCAAAUUCUUCAGAAUAAAUUUUUUUCAAACCGAGCCGAUAUUCUACAAAGACUGAAAUAGGAGUGACUGUAUUAAUAUCGAGAAAGUUCAUUAAUAUUUGAGAAAUAGUCAUUUUACUUUACAGUCCUCAAUUAGAAAAAUUUAACGUAAUACUUUUUGAAUUGUUAUUUGAAUUGAUCGAUCUGAAAAUCUCAACCAGGAAGAACUAUUUUUAUAUAUCCGACAGUAAACGAAGUUUUCAAAUGGCUCAUAAAACCAACGUUUGAUGGCUUUCUCCAAAAUUGGAAGGUUCGAAAGAUAGAAAAUCUUGCAGUCUUUAGAAAAUUUUCGGGAUCUAUUUGGUAUAUUAUCAUAAUUCUGGUUAACUUCAAACUCCCAAACUUCAAUGCGAAUUAACCAUUUUUUUCAUAAGCCUCUCGGCAGUUUUGUGCGUGAAUGCACGAGUAAAGUUUGCUCAUCCAAAAAAAACGGAAUGAAUGGUGAGCUUAAAUAUGAGAUGAAAUUUUAACUUUAGAAAUGAAUUGCUAAACUAAAAUUAAACUACUCGAAGUAACCAUAAUCUCCAACGUAAUCUCAAAACCUAGCUUUAGUCCUACUUUUGAGACUAAUAACUUUUUCAUGCGCCCAUUUUAAGUAUGAUAUAGGUAGGUAUGAGCUUCAGGAGCUCCUUCAACUCCCGGGUACCCACCUGGUUCUCCGCCAGCGUAUUCCUCCUAUGAGAACGGAGUCGACCAGAACAACCAUGCCAGAGUUCCCAAACCUCACAAACCGGUUCCGCCUCUGGAACAAAAAGGUGGUUCUAACCAAAAUUCGAAAAACGUAUCAAUCCUUGAAGUGAAACCAAAAAGCACCUUAAAUGAGCUGCUGUUGGCCAAAGUCACUCAGCCGUUCCAGAACAUGAUCAGAAGAGCCAGCCACGUUGGAGACGACUCUGACAGCGACGAAGAUGACGGUGAGCUGCAAAGUUACUUUUAAUAAGACGGUUAUCAAACAAUAACUCUGAACGGAAAAUGGGCAGUUUUCGAAAAGAUGGAACGCGAAUUUUCCUUGAAAAUGGCUUUUUUUGAAUUCAAGGGUAAUUUUUUCAAAUAGUGCAUCUUUCAAAUAAAAGGAACAUUAAACUCAAAAAUCGUUCAGAAAACGUUUUGUUGUAAAAAUAAAAGGAAGUUCAAAUGAGUUUUAACAGGAUGGAAGGUGAUAGAGACGACAAGCAUAUAAAGUCGCAGCGCUAGUUGAAAUAAAAAGAAAAUAAAAUUUUUAAAGAAAAAUUCUCAGGUUUUUAAAAAAAGAACUAACACGGAAAUUCUUGUUCGUAAGAAUCUGGAUCAGUUUUAACCUAAAUAUGCCCUAAAAAUACUUGAAGAAGUAUGAAAAGAAGUAUGAAAACUGAUGGAAGGUAAUUGAAAAUUCUCUGUGAUUUUCGGGAUUGACGCCUAUUUGAAGAAAAAAUUAACAAAAAACAGCUUUGAGGUCCGAGAGCUCGGAAAAAUAAUUUGGGUAAGCUUCUAUGAUCUCCGAAGCAACAAAAAAGAAAAAUCUGUGCAAACCCUCUAAAAAGCUUUCAAAAAUUUCAUCUUGUUGAGGCUUAUAUGUGUAGGAUGAGGUCUGAUAAGCAAAAAGAGGCGGGAUUUUCUAUGAAUGUUAAUGAUAAGAAAUUCGAAAAUUUUUAGGGGGCUAGCAAGCUAUUCGCCCAGAAUAAAUUCAUUGAGAAAUUCCUGGCAAUGUUUUUCACAAUUAGGGAAUGGACUAGGUUCUCAUUUCUAUUCUGAGAACCAAACAAGGAAGUAUAAAAUGAAAACCGAAGACUGCAGGGAUGUCUGUUGUUACUGCGAUAAAAGUUAAAAAUUAUUUUAUUUUCGCAAAAUUUUAGUGCAACUUUUCCCUAAAUAUAUUAUCCCAGGUUUCGGAUAUAAAUACGCCCAAUUCUUCAAAGAGACAAAUAGUGUCUUUUUCAUCAAUCCCUUUAAGUUUUCACUAAACUUGUAUUAAUCUUACUAGGGAACUACUAGGACUCGGGUACGCGUUUCGAGUUGAAACUUUGGUGGCUUAUAGACCCGGGUAAGAGUACUUGGAAACAAGAAAGAUUAUCUGCUAAACCCCAUAGGCUUCUGAGAAAUAGCUUUUUGAAAAUGAACAUUUUAGGCUUGAAAAUUAUCAAAUUUUUGCUUUUCUCCUUUUUUGGCUGGAAAAUACUUUUUUAGAAUUUUUCAUAGCCGGAUCAUCCAAGGCGAUUGUAUUAAAAUAUGAAAUAAGGAAAAAAAGCAGUAUUCAGAAAAUUUUCAAGCCUAAUCUGCGCAUUUUCUACUAAUUUUUUCGCAGUUUUUUAUCGGGUCUUUUUGUUUUUAAGUUUUCUGACUUGGGUCUAUAAGCCACUAAGGUUUGAAUUCGAUCCGCGAUUACGAGUUCGCGUAUUUCCCUAGUUAGCUGAAAAAAGGUCGUGAACUAUGAGAAACCGCGAAAUUUUUCAGAGAAAUUGUUUUGCAAAAUCUCGUUUCCUUCAAAAUUCCAGAAAGUUUAUAGCCUUGUUUUUUUGAAUCAAAAAUCCAAUAGUUAAGCGGUUUUCGAGAAAACAGGUCUCAACAAGAUGAUAUUGAUGUAAAUAUCCGAAAUUUUGAGCUCUUUUUCCGAAUCAUUCAUGAGUUGAAUAUAUCAAACUUACUGCUUCAUAAAAUCAAGAAAAAGUUUUUUUAUAAGCCCUAUUUUUUUCAUUGAGCCGGGAAGUAGGAAAAGCUGCAAUGAGCCCUAGUCUGUGAGAAGUACAAAAGUCGUUCUCAAAAACCCCAGCUUUUUUUUCUCAGUAUACUUCAGGGCAGCAAAUGUGCUACCUCGCGCGGUGGAGCGAAAAGGGCUGCUCCCAUAUAUUUUUUCUGCAAUCGGAAAUUAUUUUCCGAUGCGUGAAUUCUCCCAUGCUGGCUUUAUUAAGAGACCAACAGCGGAGAAAACUAGUGGCGGCCUAGUCGAAAACAAUGAGUUCAGACGACUUCAACGACGAGGAGCUGCAAGUUUUGUCUUAUAUCGAAGCCUACAAACCUGUCGACAUCGAGCUGCGACCCCAACUCCGGCCUUUCGUCCUUGAUUACGUGCCUUCUAUCGGAGACAUCGACGCUUUCAUCAAAAUCCCGCGGCCUGAUGAUGUAGGUUGCUAACAAAAGAUACAUUCUUCUCACCCGAUAUCCUUUUCAUCUCUUAGGUUACGGAUUGUUCGAGGAUUAUGGGUUGACAUUUUAUUGGGAGAGCCCGAAAGCAUUCGUAACAUGGUUGAUGUUUCUCUCAUUUUGUACUCUAUAAUGUGCCCUCGGUAUUUGUCUUCUUUAUCAGACGAAGAAAACAUAAAUCUUGAUAAAGUCAUUUUUUGCGAUCAAGACUUUAAGUUUCAAAUAAGAAUAUCUUUGCGAAAAAUUCAAUAAUGCUGUUAUCUUUUUAUUAAGCUAUUUUUCUCAAUCAAAAAAAUAAGUUUAUUUUGUAACUUGGAUGAGGAGAUAAGGAAAACUCUAUUCAAGAAAAUAGAAUAAGUUGAUUUUUGAUUUUCUCUAAAGUUCGUUCUCUUGGUUUAUUUCUGGACUUUCAGUUCUUUUUUCCGAGAAAUCGGAUAUUCUCCCUUGGAAAUUAUGAUUCAUAGCUUGACGAAUCAAAAUUUCGGCUUACUCAGUUUUUGCUGAAAGGUAAGUUAUCAGUAAACUUGAAAAGUUCGAAGGAAAAUUGAGCGACGCCUACGCCCUAAAACCAUGAGCGUAAAAUCAUCCCGCGAUGUUUGAUGAAAUUCUCAUUAAAAAUGCCAAAACUAUAGCAUUUGCAAAAUAUUUUCCUUAACACCACAAGGAUACGGGCAAAACAAAAUCCAAUCUUGCUAAUUUUUCCGCUUCAUAUGAUAGGUGGACGAUAACGCCGGCUUAACGCAUUUGGACGAGCCUGCCUCCCAACAAAGCGACAAGACUAUCAUGAGCAUGCAGCUACGGAACGUCUCCAAGGAGGUUUGAUUCAGAUUGAUGUUUCAGUUUAGUUCAUUUGCCUGUUUCUAGGUUAGCCAGGUUGAAGAAACCCCUGUGAAACUGCUCUCACGUGCUGAUAAGAACAGCGAGCAAAUCGACGAGUGGGUCGCCAAUAUUAAGGUAAUUGGAUUCAGAAAAUUGGCUCAAAAAGCGCAGGAAAAUGCUGUUCUAAGUUUUCUGUGUAUCUCGAAGGGAGUACAAUUGCGAGAUUGAAAAAAUUAAAUGAUUUAUCUCUUGGCUAUAAAAACACAUUUUCAACUUGAAUUAUUCAAUGAAAGCCCUCAAUAAAUCAAAUUUUCAGGAACUUCAUCGCUCUCGACCUGCUCAAACUGUACAUUAUAAAGAUCCUAUGCCAGAUAUUGAAUCUCUUAUGCAAGAAUGGCCUCCCGAGUUCGAACACUACUUGAAAACUGUCAAGGUUUGAUCAUUGUUUUCUUCGGAAAAUCUCCUGCAAAAAAAGUUUUCAGCUCCCCACGGCUGAUCUUGACGUUUCCUUGGACCAAUACGUGGACCUCUGUCUGAAUCUCUUCGACAUCCCGGUGGCGAAGAGUCGGAUCCAGUCUCUUCAUCUUCUCUUCUCGCUAUUCUCCGAGUUCAACAACUCGCAACAUUUCCGCAACUUGGCCCAAAAUAAUAUGCGCGAUAUGGAGUCGCAAAACAUGGACCGUUUAGAAUUGUGAGCCAAUAAAGUGUUUUUUAACAAAGUGCACCUUAGACAGCAGCCAAUCAGAAGGGGUUUAAAAGAGGCAAGAGAGGACAUUUUUUUGAGAUCAAACUUUUCUUGUUGAAGUUUUUUUUUUGACAAGAAUGCCCCAACCGACGUUUUCUCUUCAAAACUCGCUGCCUUCUCUUCCGCUUCCUUCACUUCAGGACACUUUUAAGAGAUAUUUAACAUCACGUGAGUUUUUUUUUUGAAAACCACCUUGAUUCCCUUUUUUCUUCGUUUUCAACAGUUCCGGAGGUCGUGAAAGACGAAAGUUUGACUGAAGCCAAGCAGAUUUGCGCCGAGUUCCAGGCAUCAAAAGAUGCGGAAAAAUUGCAGAAGUUCUUAGAAGGAAGAGCUGCAGAAAAUCGUAAUUGGGUGCAUUUUCAUUGCUCUUUCUGUUUAUUCGAGAAAAAAGCUUUGCAGUUGGAAGAAUGGUGGUACGAGGCCUAUACGACGAACAGAGCCUCGCUUUUGACUCAAAACAUGGGGGCAAUAAAUCCUCGGGCGAAAUCUCAGAAAGGAAGACAAAUUCAUGUUGCCGCACAGUUUUUGCAUCAUGUCAUGCAGUACUGGUUAGAUGUGAGAAGGUAAAAUUGACGUCCAUUUUGAAAAACUUGAAAUAAUUUAAUUAGGGGUUAUAGGCAGAGAUUGCUCCAGGUAAAAAGUUUCACCGGUUUUUAGAGAAGAAAUCGAGAUAGUGAAAAGUCGAGGAGUCGCCUGGGACAUGUCUCAAACCUACGUCCUUUUCAACUCAACCAGAGCUCCGAAGAAGCCACAAGACGAACUCCUACGCUACUUUAAAACAGGUUUUUUCGAACUUCCCAAACAAAAUAAUUUUUUUCCCAGAAACGGAAGGUGACUGUCCUUCUCAUGUAAUCGUUCUUUGCAACGGUUACAUCUGGAAGUUGGAUAUUUUCAAAAAGAACGCUUUAAACUCAACUUCUACUCUGUUUUUUGCUUUAAAGGACAUCAUGAUAAAAUCUAGCAUUCAAAAGCCUUCGAUUGUCCCUCUCACUUCGUUGGAUCGUGAUUCGUGGGCUGAGGUUGAAUAUUCACGAAUUAGGUCAAAAAUUAAUCGUGUUAUACAGUUGAGAAGCGAGUUGGAGAAUCUCUCAUCAAUCAACAAGUCAAAUUUUGAUGCCAUUGAUAAAUCGACAUUUGUGCUGUCCCUUUCUCCGGACUUGGUAUUGUCUGAAAACGAGGUCCUGUUCGGAAAAUUCUGAAAAAAACAGAAAAAAAAUUUUCAGUUAAUGUUUUACGCCCUGUUCGGAGCUUCUGAAAAUGCGUAUUGUGACAAGAACUUGAACGUCAUCGUCAUGAAAGAUGGGAAAAUUUGCCAGCAGGCUGAGGUACAGGUGUAUCAAAUGAGGAAGGUCCAAGUAGACGAAGAUUUCAGGCUCAAAACUCUCUGACAUAUCUUGAAAAGUUUUUCUUUUAACUCAAACAACUACUGAUUUGAAGCAAAGAUAGAGCUUGCAUAGAAAUAUGAAGCUGAAAAGGACUUUUGGAUUUGAAUUACUUACAUCAGGAUAAAUGUUGGCAAAUUUUCAGAUUACUCCAAACUAGGACCUUUCUUGUGAACUAAAAAUUCAAACCCAUAAAAUUUUAUCUUCAGCAUGCUAAUGUUGAUGCCAUUUCUUUGUUCGCUCCAUGCGAUUACGCCGCAAAACUUCUGGAUGACACCUGGGAGCCUGAGGUUUCAAAAUUUUUCUAGCUUUCAAAGACUUUUUCAGGAAACUCCAUUUGGUCCCGCAGAGUUGCUCGAGUUCGACCUCACCGAAAACGUCAUUGAUUGGAUAGAUAAAAGCGAAAAGCGGUUCCAACUCUUAGUUCACUUCUCUCGUUGCUUCCAAUAUCCAACCAGUAGAAUAUUUAGAAGAAGUCACACUGUCUCAAUGUCUUCAAUUUCACCAAAUUCGGCAGCGGAACUCUGAAACCAAUGCGUUUUUAUGCUGAUACUGUCGUUCAGAUUGCUCUCCAAUUAGCGUAUUUCUCCACCCAUAACAGGUCUUACAUCUUCAACUAUGAGUUUUUUGGCAAAGCAAGAUUUUUCAGGCUCGCUGCAACUUACGAAACGGCUUCCACAAGAGCUUUUUACCAUGGGAGAACGGAAACCCUGAGAAGUUUGACGCCAAGUCUAGCCAAGUUCAUUAGGGCAGUGAAAGGUGGCGGCACGGUAAGUGCUGUGGGAACCGAUUUUUUUGAGAAAAACAUUCCCAGACGGAGAAUCAAAAACGGCUUUUUAUGGAAGCUUACAACGAUCAUAAUGCUCUUAUGGACGCUGCCAGGAACGGGAAAGGUACCUUGAAUAGUUCCAGAUAAUGAAAAACCGCAAAUUUUUCUAGGGAUUGAUCGUCAUUUCCUAGGUCUCAAACAAGCUCAGAAGCAUUUUUCCUCAAAAGGAAAUUGCAUCGAAAUUCCGCCAUUCGAGCACUGCUCUUUUUCGGAAAGCGGAGGCAACGGAAAUUUCAAACUCUCCACUAGGUACCGUUGACAAAUUCAAGCGUGUAGCUUGUUUUUUUUUUUCAGUCUGCUCGGUUAUGACGACGAAGGAAGCUUUGGCUACGUCACGGCGAUGUGUGAGGAUGGUUAUGGCGCUUUUUAUAAAAUCUGCGAAAACAGGUUAUUUUGGGGAAUGUUUUUUGAAAGGAGAGUGAUCAUAUUUCAGAAUUACUUUCACAUUGACGUGCUUCGAAAACGGAGAAGCUGACUUGGAACGUUUCCGCGAAAAUUUAUAUCGUGCUUUGGAAAUGAUUUAUGAACUUAUUUCUAAAUAA